AGUUUUUCUCUCUAACUAUCGCCUUCUGUUUUCGCUUCUGCAGCCUGCGUUUAUCAUAUACACUUGAGAGAAUUCUGACAUGCAGCUGGAGGAAAAGACAGCAUCAGGGGAUGAAUCAAACCCCUGCAUCAGCAAAACUACUCGUCUUCCUCGAAAACGUUUCUACAGAGCUCGAGCUCAUAGCAACCCAUUAAGUGAUUCCCAUUUCCCAGUCCCAGUUUCCCCUCAUCAUGUAGAAUACUCGCUUCACUACCCUCACUUUUUCCCAUCAUCCAAUUUGCAAUCCAAUUCCAAAAAGAUAGAAUUUGCAGAUAUUGGUUGUGGUUUUGGAGGACUUUUAAUAAGCCUUGCAACCCUUUUCCCAGAGACACUAAUGAUCGGAAUGGAAUUGAGGGACAAGGUGACAGAAUAUGUCAAAGAACGUAUUCUAGCCCUACGGGUGGCAAACCCUGGGCAGUACCAGAAUGUCUCGGUUGUUAGAACUAACUCCAUGAAAUACAUCCCGAAUUACUUUGAAAAAUCACAGCUUACAAAGAUGUUCUUUCUGUUCCCGGACCCCCACUUUAAAGAAAAGAACCAUCGUCGGCGUGUUAUUAGCUCAUUUUUGCUAGACGAAUAUGCUUAUGCAAUUCGGCCUGGUGGGAUUAUAUACACCAUAACUGAUGUGGAAGAGCUUGGAGAAUGGAUGAAGUCUUGUUUAGAGAAUCAUCCAAUGUUUGAUGGACUCACCGAGGAAGAACUUGAAGCAGAUCCAGUGGUAAAACUUUUGAGUUCUGCAACUGAAGAAGGACAGAAAGUGUCGAGAAAUGAAGGGCAGACUUUCAAAGCAGUUUUUAGACGUAUUGUCCCGUCAGUUUAAGGUAGAUUUUAUAGUCGUUUUGCAUUAUAAAGUUCUUUUUUCUGUUUUAUUUUUAUUGUUGAUUGCAACUUAGUUUUUUUGCUGAAAGUACCAGUCUUUAGGCUCUGUAUUUUUGAAAUUUUGUAAUCUUAAUUUGCUUUUGGUCGGUUA